GCAUCUGUCCCGUCACCCGCAACACCGUCCAGCGACAUCACCGUCGCCAUCAGCAUCAUCAUCAUCAUCUCUGGUCUGCACCAGACACUUGUCUAUCCUCUGCAAUCGACACCGCCAGUCUCCUCCCCGCCAUCGCCAUGUCUGAGGAGCCUGGAACCGCCAUCAUUACCCCGUUCACCCAGGGCUCCAGCAAUGCCAGCUUCCAGGACCGCAUGGCUGCUCGGCUGCAGCUCACCCUCUCAAGAUACGGGCAGGACCCGAGCUCUCGGAGCUUUGUAUCCCUCGGCCCCGUUGGACUAUCCCUGAUCAGCGGCGCCGACUUGUCUUACAUGGGUAAUAUCACCCUGGGCACCCCGCCGCAAGCCUUCCAGGUCAUCUUGGACACUGGCUCGGCCAACCUGUGGGUCACAACGACCCAGACAACCCCCAAGGUCACGACCGUCAAUCCCUUCUCGUCAACCAGCUCCUCGACUUAUGUCCAGACGGCAAACGGCAACGGCGUCAGCAUCCAGUACGGCACGGGCUCGCUCAGCGGCUAUCUCGCCCAGGACACCUUUGGCGUCGCCGGCAUCAGCGUCCAGAAACAGGACAUUCUCUUGGCGACCCAGCUUGAUGCCGCCAUGGCGAGCCAGCUCAGCUCUGGAACCCGCUGGGAUGGCAUCUGGGGUCUGGCCUUCCCAUCUCUUGCCUCGGGAACUGCUUCCGUCCGCCCUACCCCGCCCUUCCAGAACCUCCAGCAAGUCUUCUCGUCGGCCACGUUUGCCUUCUGGAUCGGUAGCGCCAGCUCAACAAGCGUUUCUGGAGGCGAGAUGGUUUUGGGUGGCUGCAACCCCAACCAUUUCACUGGCUCACUGCAAUGCUCUCCCGUUGUUCCAAGCACCAGUGGUAACUUUGACCACUGGCGUGUCAGCAUGCCGUCGAUUUUCAUGGGCUCGCAGAACAUCACUUUCCCGUUCAGCAACAAGCAUGCUAUUCUCGACACGGGCACCUCGUUCAUUGGGUUCCCCUCGGCGGUGUAUCAAACCGUCAUGGCCAGCAUCGGCACGUCAGUGACCACGCAGAAGGAUGGCACGAUUUCGGUCGACUGCUCGACACUCAGUCAGAUGCCGACCAUGAACCUGCAGCUGGGCUCUCCGGCCGCUGCCUAUCCUCUCACUGCCAGCGAUUAUGUGUACCGCGAUCCUACCUCGUCCAACUCCCCUUGCAUCCUCGGGUUCGCCAACAUCGGAACGUUCCCCGACGUCAUUCUUGGCGACACCUUCCUCCGGAAAUACUACACAGUCUUUGACCCCAAGAACACCCAAGUUGGCUUGGCACCGUCCGCCCAGGGCGCUGCUCUCACCUCCGGAAACUCGACCGUCUCGUCUGCUUGCAGCUGCGGUAGCACUGGCAGUGGCCAGAGCAACCUCCCUGCCGGAGCGACCAUCAUCGGCGGCGGUAGCCAGUACAUCCAGAUCGGCCCUCUGUAUUUCAACCUCUAUCUGUUCAUCGGUGUCUGUGCGGCUGUCGGCAUCCUGCUGUUGUCGUCGAUCAUUGGCUCGAUCUGCUGCUGUCGCCGCCGUCGCCGUCGCCAUCGCGAACUUUCGGAAAAGUCUAUGCCAGCGCCUGUGACGUCGCCCGCCAGCCGAUACGGCUCGCCGAACCCAUCGUCAGACACGCCCCGCUCUCGAUCUGGAUACCCGACCAGCCCUCAGCCCGUGUACGACAACGAACAUCAGCAACGUGGCGACCGCUAUGACCGCAACGACCGCAACGACCGCUAUGACCGUGAUAACCGUGAUAACCGCAACGAUCGCUAUGACCGUGACAACCGCGAUGAGCGCUAUGAACGCGGCGACCGAUAUGGCCGAAGUGCCGGCACAGGCUCCUACGAGGACCAAGGCAGUGGUCGUGAUCGAUCUGGUCGAAGCGACACUCGUAGCGGGGCUCCCUCCUCGCGCUCCCAGAGCCGGUCGAACCGCCAGCGCGGCCAGGAUCAAUCCGAGUACGGCAGCCGCUCGGAGCGUUCUCAGGGAGCGCCGGCCAGCUCGCGCGGCCAUGGCGGAAGCUAUGAAGACAAUGUCCGCAGCGGUCGCAACGAGCGCCUAUCGCCCUAUUCCAGCAGCAACAACGCCUCUUCCGAGGCUCGCAGCCCUCGCUCUGCGAACCCUAGCGCGCGGCGCUUCCAGCAAGACGAAGAGGACGACGACGGAUUCAAUCCGAACCAGUACCAAGCCAGACGAUGAAGCAUUUGCUGACCCCCCCCCUGACCGAGCAAAUCCUUUGCCACCCACAACAUACGAUGGCCAACGAGGCCGCAUUCUCGAGCCCCGCGCGACUCGCCACGACACACUCAGCAAUAGAUGAAUAGAGGACGAAAGCCGAACAGUCCUGGGGCGACAGGAGGAGUGCCGCGCAAAUGGUAGCCGUGUUUGCAUCGCAAGGGAGCCGCAGCCCUUUCAUUCAUUUCCUUUCUUUCUAUUCGUUCACAUUGUUUGCAUACGCUUUUGAGGAGUCUCGUGGAAUGUCGGAAUGUGCGAAUGUUGGAGUGUCCUUUGGUAUUCGAGCACACGCCUGGUCUCGGUGGUGCAGUUUCGUUGGCUGCAGCAUUCGCAGUCCGAAGCAUGGCACCGACCCAAGAACGACGAUCGUCGCUCUGAAUGCCCAAUACAUUCGCCCAACUGACCGA